UGUAUUAACAAGUAGCAUUUUUUUUCAAAGUUAACAAGGAAUUUGUCCGAAAGAAAUCAUAUUUUUUCAGGGGAAAUAAUCGAUAGAUUUUAUUUACUGUUACUUGGGACGCCAAAACCGAAAAUAACAACUUUCAAUUUCAUGAUCCAAAUGAUUUAAUCUAAUCUAAAUCUAGAUCUAAAUUAUGCUAAUGUUUUGAUGACAGUACAAUUGUUUUUGCCUGACCUUAACAGUAACUCAUUACUGUUUAGUGUUAGUCCUGUUGACUGUCUUAAUUAAUAAUUAAAGUCUUAAAUCAAACUUCAAGUUUGAAACUUGCCUUGGUCCUGCCUUGUCAGUUGAGUUAGCCAACAGAUCCCAAGUGUUACACAUAAAUAUAGAUCUAGUAUCAUAGAGAUAUAGUCUAGCUAGAUCUAGAUCUACAAUCCACGUGAAGCUGAGUUUAGAUUAUUUAUAGUUACCAGUACAUAGUAUUUAGAUCUACCCGUGCAUUCUAUUCAACAGUAGUCUGUACUAGUUAGAUCUGGUGGUGAAGUUAAGAGUUAAGAACAAUCUUUUUUUAAAAAAUUGUUCCUUAUGCUGACUGUGCAUAAAAAAUUUUAUGAUGAUAUAACCAGUUAAAAAUUCUCUUAUAUAUGUUAGUAUUAUAUUGUAUGAGUGAAAACUUUAGCUGUUCAACAUUUUAAAAUGAACGACAGACCAAUCAACUGCAAUAUAAAAAAUCCAGUGUGCUUGACAAUUCCAGAGGAUAAGCACUUCAACCAAACAUUUCACUCUGGUUGCAAAAUCAUUGAUAUUUCUUUUCCAAGUGUUAUUAAUCCAGAGAUUGGAGAAAUACAGUUUCAGAAUUAUUAUGUUGCCUUUCUUACUCUUAAAGUUAAAAUUAAGAUGACAGAAGAAACCCCAAAGCAAGGAGUAAAUGAUCAGGGUUGGAGAAUUGCUUUAAAAAGAUAUAAACUGAUGCCUGAUGCCCAUGCUGAAACAGGAUCCCAAGAUAUAUUCAGUCUAACAAAGAAACAUUUUUUGGUUGAGCUUUCGAAUGUUGUGACCCUUAGACUAAUCUUACAACAGCCAUCUCCUGUGUGGAAAGAUUUCAGUUUAACUAAUAUAAAACUAUUUCGUCCUCUCUUGGGUUCCAGAGCAACACCAAUACCCUCAUGGGUGCUAGAGGAAACAAAAAAGACAACAGGAAAAAAAGAAAUAGAACCAGGCAGCUUAGACUUGAUGUCAACACCAAAUACACAACUCACUCCAUUGGGUGUCCCAGACCUAGACAUACUUUCUUCCAAUCUGCAACAGUUAUGGGCCUUGGCUGAAGAGGUGUCUACAGCUCAAACUGAUUCAUCAAUAGGAAGAUAUGAGGUAGAUGGGUGCUAUGACAUCAAUCUUCUAUCUUACACCUAAAAUUUACAGAUCAGUGUCCGGAUGGGAACAAUACUGCAGACUUUUUUACAGUUGGGUGUUCUGUUUUAGAAGAAUUUUUUUUCAUUUGUUGUAUUUCUUCAAAUACUUGUAUACUUUUAGUCAAACUGAAAUUAAUGAUUAACUGGGCUAUACAGUAUACAGGUUUGCUUAUAUCUUGUGCCUAAAGAAAGAUAUUUUGGUCUGUUUUUUAAUUUCUAUGCUGUUUAUCGCCCUUGUUUUAGUUUCAUUGUGAAUUUAAUGCAAUGGAUUAAAAUAUGUAAAAACCGUGGUGUUU